CUAAUCUGGGGUACAACUGGGGUACAACUAUGCUCCUAAUCUGGGGGACAACUGGGGUACAACUAUGCUCCUAAUCUGGGGGACAACUAUGCUCCUAAUCUGGGGGACAACUAUGCUGCCUGAUCUGGGGGACAACUAUGCUCCUAAUCUGGGGGACAACUAUGCUGCCUGAUCUGGGGGACAACUAUGCUGCCUAAUCUGGGGGACAACUAUGCUGCCUAAUCUGGGGAAAAACUACCCGACCCUCCACAAUAUUUUUAGUUUCUCAUGUGGCCCCAUGGGAUAAAUAAUUGCCCACCCCAUUCCUCCUCAACCCCGGACAUUCCUUAACCUGGAGCCGCCCGGGGAAAGGAGAAAGUGAAGACAAGAGACUGGGGGACGUCACUCGUCAUCAGAGAGAGCCAGCGUUGCUGUCGCGCACCACCACUACCGCCGCCGCCGGCAUGAAUAGGGUUUUGCUCAUGACAGGGGAUCCCGAGAGUUGUGUGACUGGAGCUUCACGGACCAUGAAGUCAGCGGGAUGUUAGAGUCAGUCUCAGAGCGGUAAUCCUAAAAGGAUGGGAGGGGCAGGAAAGAUGCCGCUUAUUCAGUAUUAACAGGAUGAAAGGUUAUCAUGGGGAAGGCAUCCAAUCACAGCCUCCAUGUCAUUGCAUUCCAGAAACACAAGAAAGAACACUGGAUUUUCCUCAUCACGGCCCAGACUUUCGCAAAUCUUAUCCCCGCAGCGCCUCUGAGUCUUGUUCUUUUGAUCUGCACUAUUGCCCUUCUAGGAGUGCCGGCGUGACAUCAGAUUGCCCUGGUGGUACUGUGAGCAUGCCUGAGCCACGGUCCUCCAGUGGUGGUACUUACCCCAGAAUGCACCACAACCCUCAGCAGUUCGAUUGUGAUGAAUGUAUGGCUGCCAUUGCUCACACCUCCAGCAAGAUAAAUCGCUUGCCACCUACUUUGUUGGAUCAGUUUGAGAAACAGCUACCCCUGCACCAUGAUGGCUUCCAUACCUUGCAGUACCAACGAACCAGCACCACAGAGCAGCGCAGUGAGAGUCCAAGUCGCAUUCGCCACCUUGUGCACUCAGUCCAAAAAUUGUUUGCCAAAUCACACUCCCUGGAGACACCUUCUAAAAGAGAAUACAAUGGCACCAGGUAUGAAGGACGUGGAGGAGAAGGCUACCAGCACUCCCAGCCUCGACACAGUAAAAGGAGUAAAAGUAAAGAUCGUAAGUCUGAACCUAAGCACCGAUCAAAGAUGGCAGGGUGGUGGAGCUCUGAUGACAACCUUGACAGCGACAGCAGUUUUCUGGUGUCAGCUCGUCAUGCCAUGGAGCAUGGAGCUCCCUUUGGAGUGGACACUCCUGAAAGUGCCUUCAGAGACUUAACCUUGAAGAGUCUAAAAGGUGGAGGAGGAGAGGGCAAAUGCCUGGCAUGUGCUGGAAUGUCUAUGUCCCUUGAUGGACAGACACUUAAAAGGAGCACGUGGCAUACAAUGACCGUCAGUCAGGCACGAGAAGCCUAUCCUAGCUCAGGCAGCCAUCACCAAGACAAGAUGCUUAUGCUUCAGGAGGCCAAGGGAAAGGAGCGAGGCUACCACUACUUACAGGUACCAUCAGAUGAAUGGGGGGGGUAUCCAGCACCUGGGAAAGAGGGAGAAAUUCCAUGCCGAAGGAUGAGGAGCGGCAGCUACAUCAAAGCCAUGGGGGAUGAUGACAGCGGGGACUCAGACACCAGCACCAAAAUGUCACCCAAAGGUGCCACCCGACGGGAGAAAUACCGCAGGUCUUCGAGUGUUGACCAUCCCAGAAACAAGUUUCCAUGUAAGCGAUAUUCUGACUCAUGUCUCUGUAACUGUCCCAGCUGCUGCACUCCACCUAAAAUUCAUCCCAAGGGACAUGGCUAUGGUCUCUCCAUCUCGGGUCAGUAUCACAACAGACAUGACGGCUUAAUUAACCCCGGAAUUUCUCAGGGCCCUGGCUCGCCAAGGUUUAGGAUACAGAGGAAUCAUAAAUCACAGGAACAAUACCUAGUUAAGGGCGAACUAAACCACCAAUCAGGGGCCACAUGUGAAUCGGUGUUCAGCGAAAUGGAAUCUCAUGCUGUUGAAGCUUUAGAUCUCCCUGGCUGUUUCCGAAUGCGCAGUCACAGCUACCUCCGUGCCAUCCAAGCUGGCUGCUCCCAAGAUGAUGACUGCAUCUCUGUCUUUUCCAUGUCUGGCCCAUCAGGACCAACCCUUGCCAGCAGCAUUCUCAAGCCCAACACUUCCUUUAGUUACCGCAAAGCCCCACCACCUAUCCCUCCAAGGCUUCUCUCCAAGCCUCUGAUCUCGGUGACAGCCCAGAGUAGCACAGAAUCUACCCAUGAAACCUUUCUGCACAAUGAGCCCACGCGGUUGCCUUGGUCCAAAGAUGUCAAGGUCCACUGCAAUUCUACUGAGAGUCUGGAGGGAACCAAGUCAAGAGGUCUUUCCUUGGACCUGGCAACUGUCCAGCACAGAGCUUCACCCAAACCUUCCACUGUGAUCAGCAAAGCUCUACCAUUAAGGGAAGAGCUAAAAGGUGUCACACGUCAAAGAAAAUGGCGUCCAUCUAUUGGUGUACAGGUAGAGACAAUCUCUGACUCGGACACUGAAGGAAAGAGCAGAAGAGAAGUUCACUCCAUUGGAGUUCAAGUAGAAGAUGAAAGAAGGAGGGCAAGGUUUAAGCGUUCUAACAGUGUGACUGCUGGGGUUCAGGCUGACUUGGAGCUGGAAGGCUUUCCUGGACUAACUGUUCCCACAGAAGACAAAGGCCUACAGUUUGGACGCUCCUUUCAGAGGCACUCCUCUGAGCCCUCAGACACCAGCCAACAGUACUCAGUCUAUAAGACAGUUCAUACUCAAGGUCAAUGGGCAUACAGAGAGGACUAUCAAAUGCAGUAUGAUACUGGAGAAGAGCCUCGCCAGGAGUCCUGGAUGGACAGAGGCACUCGGAGCCUCCCAGACUCGGGCAGAGCAUCCCCCUGUCAUAGGGAUGGAGAGUGGUUUAUUAAGAUGUUACAGGCAGAAGUGGAAAGGAUGGAAGGAUGGUGUCAGCAGAUGGAGAGAGAGGCAGAAGAGUAUGAUCUACCAGAGGAAAUUCUGGAGAAGAUCCGUAGUGCAGUAGGAAGCUCCCAACUCCUAAUGUCUCAGAAAGUUCAACAGUUUUUCAGACUUUGCCAGCAGAACAUGGACCCCACCUCAUUUCCCCUGCCCACCUCUCAAGAUUUGGCUGGAUUCUGGGACCUCCUUCAGCUCUCCUUUGAGGAUGUGGGCAUGAAAUUUGCAGAGCUGCAACAGCUGAAAGACAAUGGAUGGAAAUUAUUGGAAUGCAAGGAGGAGAAGAAGGUUCCUCCUCCCAUACCAAAGAAGCCACUCCGUCAGAAGGUACAUCCAGUCAAAGAUCGUUCUUUGGAUUCUGUUGAUCGUCAGCGUCAAGAGGCCAGGAAGAGGCUAUUGGCAGCUAAACGGGCUGCCUCUUACAGGCAUAACUCUGCCACAGAGAGUGCCGACAGCAUAGAGAUUUACAUACCUGAAGCUCAGACUCGACUGUGAAGAGGACAAUGUACACUAACCCUUUUGUAUGCGCUGUAUAUAAUAAUAUACAUAUAUACAUAGAAAAUAUUUAGAGAUUAUUCUAAGAAAAAAAAAAAAUGCUGAAAAAAUGACCACAGCUGUGUAAUUUUGGGGAGGCCCCUCAAACCCAAAUAAAACUAACCCUUCAUCAAAAUCCCUCCCCCUCAAAGGGCAGAGCUAGUUAACCAAUCAGUGCUGUCUCCAUUGCAGAGGCUGGAGAGAAUUACUUACACCUCUAGACUCAUCUCCACUCCCUCUACCCUUAAACUCAUAUGUAGCUUAAAAAAUGGCAUGCUGCAUUGUGUAGCAGUACUGAGUAUGACCACGAGUAAACACUGUGUCAAAGUCUAUUUGUAGCUCCUUUUAGAGCUAUGUUUUAAUGAACCCUGAUGAGAGGCGUUUAAUGCCUGGAAGAAACCAAACUAGAAGAGAUAUUUUCAGUAAUUUUUAUUUGUAAUGGGAAAAUCUUAUUUUUUAGAUACAAGGAAAUACUCUGUAUUGGCCUGCAAUGCAGUGCGUUCAGUUUGUGCUAGGUAGUGUUUAUUGCUCUGUGAACCUGCUAUGUACUGGUCCAUGCAUGUUUAGGAAUACAGGUCACUACUACUGUUGGGAAAGAACAUAUAUACAGGUAGGUUGUAAGGGACAUUUUUAGGAUUGUAAUCUUAUCAUUUCUUACAUAUAAUCAGGCAAAAAAAAAAAACAUUAAGUUUACACGUGUGUAUAAAACAUUUUUUUUUUAAAAGGGAUUCCCCAAUUCUUUUCCUGUAGAGGUGAAUGAAAUUUUAAAUGCUUCAGUGUAAAGACAUAUCCAUCAUUUGUGCCAUUCGUUUAUUUUUGGGGGAAACAUUCUGGUGUUUGUUCCGUUGGUUUUUGCAUGACUAUUUACAUCUUUUUACACAUCACAGAAAUGCUAGCUUAAAAUUGGAAAAAGGGGGUUUACAGUUCCGAGCCUGUGGUUUAGACUAGAGUUCUGACCAACAUUAAGAAAACUAUUUAUUUAUUUUAAAGAAUUUUUGCAAAAUUUGCCCAGAAAAGACCAUUAGUCAACAAAACUUUUCAGGGGUUAAUUUCAGGGGUUAAUUUCAGCUUCAAAUUUAAAAUUGAAUAAACACUGUUUCGGAUCCCCUUGCAGAAUUUCCUCUGUGUUAACAUACCCUCUAGGUUUCGGUUCUAUAAUACUUUUUUCUUUUUGGAUACAAAAUAAUUUAUUUAUUGAUAUGUUUGUUUAUUUAUUUAUUUAUUGUUGUUAACACUUGCAAAUUCUACACCAAUUUUUUCACAUUUUCUGCUGCUUUCAUCCUAACAUCAAAGAUCCACUUUUAUGUUUCAUGGCAGGGAUUAUGUGUUCCUUUUUUUGGCCUCAGUGACUAUUCUCCACAUAUUUAUGAAUUUAUGUUUGUGACCAUAAAAUUCUAUUUUGUUUUUGGUUCAAACAAGGGUUUCACAAGAGAUAAAAAAAACUGUUGGUUAUUAAUACACCAAACCAAAAUUGAAUUUUAUGGUCACAAACAUACAUUGAAUCAAAUAAUGCAUAGGUAUAUGGAUGCAUACUCUUCAUUGCCACCUCAAACUGUGUGUGUGCUCCAAUUCAAAUGCAAACCAACAAUUGCAGAUAUCCAAACUUUUCACCUGGGUUCACAUAGUGGCCCUGAUUAUUACUAUUGUAAACCCAACCUGUUUUGUAGAGUUGUGCUCCACAUUGUUUCUGCACCACAGUUUGUGGUGCAAUGUGACAAAAAACAACAAUAAACCUUUAAAACCCAGAAAAAGGGCAUGGUCUUUCGGGAAAAAGACAAAGCAGACUAGGGGGCAUGGUUGUAUAACAACAUUUUACACUAGUAAAAACCCAACACUUAGUAAAUGAGGGCCAUUGUGUUUGUUUUAUGUUUUUAUUGUGUUUUUCCCCAACCUUCAAAAAGUAUUUAAUUAAAAAAAAAAAGGUAAAGUUAGAACGGACAGGAAUUAUUUUUGUUAUUCUAAUUCUGUGAUGAUCAGUAUUCCUAAAUUAACUGAUCUAGCUUUGGUAGAAAAUCUUCCAAAUUCUGCCUGGGGUGUGUAACCACAAACACAACUUUAUAAUGCCCAAAAGUCAUUGUAUUAUUAGGUAUUUUCAUCUCCCAGUAGAUUGCAUUAUACUUAUCCAUUUUUAAAGUUUCCACUUCUUUGAUUAGUUUCAAGUGAUGAAGAUCACCAAGGAUUCCUUUAAACUGCAUAACCAACUGAGCUACCUUUAAAAUUUAAUUAUUUUUUUUUACAUUUAUGCAUUCUAUUUGCUUCCUUCUUUCAAUUUUAUUAUUUUGCCAGUUAAUUUUUUUCUUUAUUUUGUGUUUAUAUCAGGAUAAACUGUGACCACUAUAGAAUCUAUACCAUUCAAAUGUAUUGUACAAGUGUAAGUUGGUUUCUAGCAUUUAAAUAAUUACAAAAGGGAUGUUUAUAUACCAAAAUAUACGUAAAACAUAGAUUAAAAUUCAUAGCAGAACCCACAAUGACUGGCGCAUUUCAUAUUCAUACUAUGAUUAAGCACGGUAGUACAAAACACGUCAUUGGUUAUAGGUUUAACUCUGAAUUUUUAUUCUCUGUGUGCUGUAAUAUUUGGACCCUUAAAGGGGUACUCCAUUGGAAAACAUUUUUUUAAUCAACUGGUGUCAGACAGUUAAACAGAUUUGUAAAUUACUUCUAUUAAAAAAUCUUAAUCCUUCUAGUACUUAUCAGCCGCUGUUAUGAUCCACAGGAAGUUCUUUUCUUUUUGAGUUUCCUUUCUGCCUGACCACAGUGCUUUCUGCUGACACCCCUGUCCAUUUUAGGAACUGUCCAGAGCAGGAUAGGUUUUCUAUGGGGAUUUUCUUGUACUCUGGACAGUUCCUAAAAUGAACAGAAGUGUCAGCAGAGAGCACUUUGGUCAGUAUUAUAAAUACCAGCAUUAUAACUGGUGUGCAGUAGACACAGGACAUUGUUGUAGAUUUUGCAUUGGGGUCCUGAAGCUACAAGUUCCGUCUCUGAUUGGAGUAUAGACUGGCUUCUCUUGUACAAUACAACAUUUAUCCUUCACCUUCUGUGAUCUAAUCAAAUGCAGCCAUGCUAUUGUAUAGUAUGAUUCAAUCAUUUUUUUCUGCAUCUUUGCCAUAUUCCUUCACUAAAAAUCAUACCAGAACAUAUAUUUUCAUAUGAAUGCUUUAAGAAAUGAAUGCAGAAAAGGCUGCUUUAUCACCUUUCAUUUGUGCAGUGGGAUGUGUGCAUAUGAAUAUUUAAUCACUAUGAAAUUUAAACACUGUAUUGUAAAGUUUCAGUGAAUAGUUAAACAUGUACCAUUCUUUGCACUUUAAAGGGAAUCUGUCAGCUCUGUUUGCUACAGAUACUGUUGAAUAGCUGUUGGGGUAAAAGGGCAAAUUGUACCUUUCCUGGAGCUAAUGGCAGUUGUCAAACUCAUAAAAUCCCUUUUUAUUUCCAAAUGUCAAGUAGGUGGGGUGAGCUGCUCAAGUUUGACUCCUCCUUGCUCACCCUAAAAUUUCAGCCCCUCUUUGACUGAUGACUCUGUAUAUCAGGGCAACUUAUUCAGAACUUUGUAAGGAGGGGCUGGGAGAAGCGAGUGAGCAGGGAGGCAUGUGGCACUUGAGACUCUCAGCCCCACCUCCUUGACACUUGGCAGGGAAAUAAGAAGACACUUUUAUAAGUUUGGUAGCCACUAUCAACUCCAGGAAAGAAACAGUUUGCUGUCAUGCUCUGACAGUAUCUGCAGCUAUAAGCAGCAAAUAAAGCAGAAAGAUUCCCCCUAAAAGGACCUUUUAUGCCAGGUUCAGAUUUUUAGAACAUUCUAUGUAUUAAGGAGAUAAACGGCCAUUUUUCUUAAAAACAAUUUACCUUUUCAUAUUCUGGUAAUCCAUAUAAAAAAUUUCAUUCGUUUCUAACAUCCCAGAAAGCUGUGUGAUAUCUGAAAGGUGCAAAUGAUGAAUAAUAAUAAUUUUAAAAAAAACAGUGUUUAAAAGAAACCAUCAAAACAGGCAUUGAAUAUUGUGUACAUCAAAUGUAUUAGACAUAAAAUCAAAAAUAAUCUCCAACCCAAGUGAAUUUUACUUUUACAUAUAUCAUUGUAAUUCUGUAAACUUCGCUAUUACAAUUUGGCAUCUAAUGAAAUUAAGAUUUAAACUAGUACUCAAUCUCUUAUAACAACCCUUCAUUACAUACAAUAUUCCUUUAUAUUGUAUACUUCAAUAAACAUCACUGUACUACACUAAGUGGCAUCUAAAGCUAAGGAUGAUUUAAAUAUGUCUUGUAAAUACAUUUACCCCAUUUCAUUGGAACCUUUAUGGACAUUUAUUUUUUUACAGUUGUUUAAGACUAUGUAUGCGGAGCUUACACUACACUUGUAGCCACCCUUAGUUUGGAAUAAGUUCUGCAGGUUAAAGUUAAUAUGGUACAUUUUGGGGAUAAAAUGUGUUUUACUGACCCAAAGUUAAAAAUAAUAAUGUUUUCAAUUUACUAACCUUACUGCUUUUGUACUGUUCCCAUAUCAGCCAGGGUAAGACUGGUCUGCCAGAGUAGCAGAUACUCUGCUGGAAGCAAGCUAUAGCUCAAAAACACCCCAAAAGAAGACGCUGAUUUUGGAGACAGUCUCUUAUCACUAAGGUCUAUCUUCUAUGGGUACAUUCACAAAUAACCUCUCAUUGAUGAUAUAUCUUAUGUGUACUAUAACAACAAAGGUUAUAAGGUUCUAUGUAGAUGAAGAAUGGGCCCUCAGCAUCCUUUUCUCUAGACUUAAGGAACCCUAGUGGGACAUGAUGCAACUAGUUUGCAUGGUCCCCUGAGGGUUCUCAUACAAGUUGGGCAUUGUAGGCAGCCAAGCACACUGGUAGUGAAGGUACAGCACGGUGGAUAUCUUGGAAACACCAUUAUUUUAUAAACAAUUUUUCCCCUGUUACCAUUAUUUCAACCAAGUUAAGUUCCUGAAUUUUCUCCUGUGUACUUUGUUUUUUCUGUAUAUGUUUUUUAGAACUUGGCAUUGUCACAUGUAUUUUGUAUUAUCCUGCAUUAUCAUAUGUUUAAAAAUGUUCUUUAUGAUAAAAUGAGCUAUACUAUUGUGGUAAUACGGUACAUUUGCGGAAAAAAAGGAUGCAUGACACUAUGAAACAAUAUAGUGUGAUAUAGAGGCACUAUGAAGAAAAACUUUUUUUACCCCUCACAUUCAUUUAGGCCUACAUGAGCUGACUGUACUCUCACCUAUUUAUACACACUGUGAAAUUGUCUGGUUAUCUUAUUAUACUCAAUUGCUUAUAUGACCCAAUUCUUUUACUAUAGUAGGUUGCUUAGUUUGAUAUGGAGGAAUUUAUAAUACAGAUCAUAUACAUGUCAAACAUAAAGUAAAGUAAAGGCUAACAUUUUAAUGCCAGUUGAUGUUAUGUUGUAGAGCUCCCUUGCUGAUUAAAACAAAGUGACUGGCACCUCUGUGGCAGCUCCCUCACUGUAUUUCAAAGACCAUUACCUAAGGAAGUAAUUGGCUAAAGAAGUGGUACCAGCCAACAUAAAUUUCCAGACCCAACCUUAGGUUCAAAUGUUUUUUAUUGAAUGUUUCAAGAAUUUUUACAAUACAAUUACAAUUACAAUGCCAUUACAACAGUAUGACCAAAAUGAAAACAGUAUAAAACAAAUAAAAUUCUAACAUAUGUGUGUACAUAAAUAUAUAUAAUAGUAUGAAAACAUCACUCAGUUUAAAGAAAUGUCCAACCUUAGUACUAGGACUAGAUCUACCAUGUAUAAUAUAAUACUGUAGAUGUAAUGGCUGUCCUUUAGUAUUGGUCUCUAAAUUUGAAAUAUUGGAACAUAUCAGAUUCUAUUUAGGGUUGCUGCAAAAAGUUUUAGUUGGGCUUAUCUAGCUAUAGAUAUCUAGUCUCCUCAUUUUAAUAACAAGAAUUAAAUUACUUUCCAUCUAUAAUUCCAACAUGCACAAACAAGCCAUGUUGGUUAGACGCUAAGAGUUGUGCAUGUCCCCAUUCUUUUGAAUUGUAAAGCUGCCGCUGGUGAUCAAAUAGACUGCUCUGUAUGACUUUACUGAAGCAAUCUUUUCUGCUAUAUGGAUUUUACAUGUAAGCCCUCUCUCCACUGACUCAAGUAAAACAGUAUCUGAAUGAAGUUCCAACCUGUACACGAUCCCGAUAUUGGUGCAUGUGUACUGAUGAUACAAAGGGUUAAAACGGAGACCCUGAGAAUUCUGCACCUGUGUGCCAUAAUCACAAAUGUGCCAUAUAUUCAUAAAGAGUGACCUAACCUCUGACAGGACACUAUAGAACCCAUAAAUGAUUUUCUAUAGAAUACCUCCCGGUGCCUCAUCUACACCUGUAAUAUUUUUAAAUAAAAUAUUUAAUAUAUUCUAUUAGGAACUUUUAGGUGAUAAUAGUUGUAGACUCUACUACUUUGCACCUGGUUGCACGUAGACUUAUCAUAUAUAUAGUAAAAGCGCUGGGAUUUUGUAUUUAAUAACCUGCAACUCAUUAUUCUACUUAGAAUUGCUAUUAUUAUGAUUAGAAGUAUUAGUAGAAUUCCUGUACUAUAAAUGUCUGCUCUUGCCUAAUCUUUUUAUGCUCUCUUUCUAGCUCUUCUAAUUUCGCUUUAUCUCUCUGUUUAAUAUGUAGAUUAUGAAUGAACUUUUUUCCUCACCUCGCCGGCACAAACUCUCAUAGAACUCGUAUCAUGUUCAGUAUUCAUUUAUUUGCGAGAGACGUGCAUACCUCGUGAUGUUAUUUUUAGACCUUUUUGCUUGCAAUGGGAUCUUUGUUAGCUCGAUAUACACAGUAUACUGUAUGAGUAUAUAGACAGGAUCUCAUGUUGUCUCUUGUUGCUUUAGGCAAUAAGGCACUUACCAUAGAUUAGCUUUGAGAUCCAGCCUCUCUGGUUAUAUAUAUAUUUUUAUAUAUAUAUAUAUAUAUAUAUAUAUAUAAGGCUGGCAGAUUAAACCUCUAGCAGACAGGCGAGUGUGUAUAUCAUUCUGUGUUGUAUGUAUAUGGGUGCCAAAAUUGUACAGUAAAAAAUUAACUCUAAUUUGCUGCUCCUGAUAAAUUGCACAAUAACUAAUGGGGCUGACUGUUCAAAAACUGGGGGCGAUGUGGACCUUUAAAUAGACAGGAACUUUAAAGCCAUUGCUGCACACAAAGUACUGAUAGUCCCCAAAUUUUGUUAAACAAAUUGGGAUCCAGGUGAUAGUUCUUUUGGUAAGAUUAGAGAAUUGUACAUCGGAAUGGUUUCUUAUGGUGCUGGAAGGGUUCAAUCUCCAGUGUACACUCUCUAAUGGGUCUAGCCUAUUGAACUUGUUUACAAACAUAAACCAAGGAGCUUUUUCCACUUUGUUUGAUGGGAAUUUACCUUGAAUUCAAUACUGGAUUCAGAAGUAAGGGGAUUUAAUCACUGUGUCUAUGUGGCUUAUGCAGCUAGUCAUGUUCAGUUCACUGCUGUGGAGCAGAACACUCUUCUCUACUUGAAGGAGGGAAUUUGACAUGUAGCAGGUUAUACCAAGGUUGUUGAUGGUCUCAUUUUUAUGUUUGUGUAUCUUUUUUUCUAUGUAUAAUCAUACACAUAGAGGGCAGAUAAGUGUCAGAAAAGAAACAAGAUAUUCUAGACGGUCAUCUAUUAUGGUCGAUUAUCACAAAAUCCACUUUCUUUUGAUGUCCGUUUUGAUUUUCCUGGGUUGGCUUGAGAUAAAAGUUGUAUAAAUUUGGUCUGUGAGAGGUCUAAACUUUUUACUUUUAAGUUUUUGCAUGCUGUAAUACUUUACCAGUCAAUGCAUCAAUAUAUUUAUUAUGGCGGAUGAUUUAUUUGUGGAUUUAAAAAAUUUUCCUUCUUUGACCCACUGCAAAACCAAGAUCCAUUCUCGUUGGCAUAGUGCCUAUUUUUUUUUUUAUUUGCUUAGUGUAGUUUUAAUUUGAAACAUUUACCUUCUAACUUCUCCACUAAGUCCAUUAUGAAAUGUAUAUUGGAUUAUCCUAUCCUUGACCAUGUAUUACACCAUGCAGGUCUAACUCAUGUAAGUAUAACUAUUGAAACUCCUGAAAAAUGACCUUUGUGGGUUUUCUGACUUGUGAAUUAAGACAACAUCUUACAUUUUAACAGCCUUAAGGGAUUGUUAAUAUGUAACUACACAGGGAAAGAGAAUUCAAUAUACAUUUAUAGUGCUUUGCUGUAUUUACACUAUACAACAUAGCAUGUUUAUUUUACAGAUGGAAUGCUGUUACUGCAUAUCUUGUAUGUUUGCAUAUUUUCAUUUUAAGUAUUUUUGUGAAUAUAUUUUUUAAAUAUUUCUAUGGAUUGAUGCUGAUCAAACACCGUGCAUUAGCUAGUCAUGCCUGGAUUUUGUCGAAUUGUAUUCUCUACUGAUCGCACACAUUAUAUACUAAUAUCAUUUGCUGUUGCGUUUUCUAGAACAUUUAAGGCACAAUAUACUCACAAAGUGAAAGCUUUUAAGAUGUGCCAAUAUGUAAAUUUGUUUAAUAGCGUAAGGGGAAAAAUGUUUUCUAUUAAUAUAUCACUGCAUAUGCAUAGCACAUAGCUUUAGAUAUAUUCGAGAGUAAGUGCUUUCAUGUUAGACUUUUGAUAGCUAUGUUAACAUAUUAAUUUAUAUAUAUAAGUAUAUGUUGUAUUUUUUACUUUUAUUUACUGAAAUCACAUUUUGAUAGUUUAAGAAUAUUUUCAACCCAAUUUUCCGGUAUGGUUGGUACAAAGCUACUUUGAGGGAGUAAAAACAGUUUGUUGUAGUAGAUUUUGAAUAUAGUAAAAUGGACCCAUGUUUUCUCAGAUAUGUAAUUUGGUUCGCCCCUCUCUUAUCUACCUCAUUUUCUCAAUUCCUUUUAAACCAAUGGUAUACACCAUAGCUAAAAGUAUCAUGUGUAAUAAGAAUGCAUGUAAAUGUUGGUUCUUUUUGCUGCGAGUCACAAUUGGGCAUGCAUUUGUUCACCUCAUAUAUCUGUUAUUUCAUGUUUUCAAAAGAUCAAUUUAACUAAGAAAAUUAUUUAUUCCACGAUCAAAUGUGAAGUCAAUAUCUGCACAAAAAGGUAAACUUAUCAACACAUUUACACAUUAAUGAUACAAUUAUAUCAGUAUUAUUUUAACAAUAAUAAAUACACUUGAAUGUAAUAGAAAUUUGCACUUUAUUGUUUUGUUUUGAUAUCCAACAUUUGUCCCACUGCCAUAAAGCUGGGUUGACACUUUUUGCUGCAUUCCAGGCCAUCUUUAAUCAUUAUAUAUUUUAUUUUAAUAAAACAACUUAUUUGCCGUAAUUCUUAAAAAAAAAUGUCAUGUGUGUACUGCCUAAAAGCAUCUAGUAGCAAUUGCUACUAUGGUAUUGAAAGUAUACAUGUUGGGUGAGCAUGUUCCGGCUUCUAGUGGAAAUGCUAGGUACCUGUCUCAGCCGAGCGGGCAGCUUUAUUAAAUUAUGUUGCAUUGAGUGUUUUCUGAGUGAACCUAUUUUAAAAUGACAGGAACCUUGUGUGCAUAGUAUGGGUGAUGAACAGGUGAAAUACUUAUUUGAUAUGAUCUAAGUGUGAGAAUGCAUUAGCUGUAAGGCUGUAGAAGAGGACAUGAUUCUGAUGACAGAUGACUAGUAGUGAAUACAGAUGGUAAUGGCCAGGAGGAUAAACUUCUUCUACAUUUUAACCAUGCGUAGCAUCACCUUAAAGGGAAUCUGUAAACUUAAGGUCAUGCUUAGUCAAAGCAGUUUUGUUGAGCAGCUGCAUGCAUGCCUCCUCCCUCCCCAACCCUUCCUGGCUUGAUUGAUGUACAGGGUUUGGAUUCCAGCACUGAGCCGGGCACAUCAAUUAAUCAAGGAAAGGAGGGGUGGGGAAGGAAGAAGGAUCAGCACAGCCUCCUUUACACGUAACCUCUGAGCAUGAUCUACAGCUGUCAGAUUGACUUUAAUAGGAUUCAUUACACAACAAUAAAAAAACUUAAUGUGUGUUAUACUUCAAAAAACUGUUGUAUUUUUAAAGUUGUUUAUUGAAAGAUAAUGCCAAUUGAUAAAAUGAAAGAUGGAAGUAUGCAACAAUUAGAAUGAAAUGUAGACUAAAUAGACCAGAUCACUUUACAGUAGGUGUCCAUCACAAAUUGGAUUUUAUUUUAUAAAAUGUGUCUCCACUACUUUGGGCGUAUAUCCACAUUUAUACAUGCAGUCAGUCAUACUGAAAAAUUCUUUCAAAGUGUGCUCUGAAAUCCUUAAAGGGGUACUCCGCCCCUAGACAUCUUAUCCCCGGGGUCCCGUUGCUGGGGACCCCGGGGAUCGCUGCUGCAGCACCCCGCUAUCAUUACUAUGCAGAGCGAGUUCGCUCUGCACGUAACGACUGGCAAUACAGGGGCCGGAGCAUCGUUACAUGACGGCUCCGCCCCUCGUGACGUCAUGGCCCACCCCCGUCAAUACAAGUCUAUGUGCAGUAAUGAUGGUGGGGUGCCGCAGCGGCGAUCCCCGGGGUCCCCAGCAGCGGGACCGCGGCGAUCUAACAUCUUAUCCCCUAUCCUUUGGAUAGGGGAUAAGAUGCCAGGGGCGGAGUACCCCUUUAAGGUUUCCUAUGUGUGUUAAAAAGUGUAAAUAAAUAAAUACUGUUAUCUUUCAACACAUAAGCUGCAGCAAUGAUUAAGUAAUUCUGCAUAUUUUUUUUUACAAUAAAAAGGACCCAAAACAAAAAUGUCCCCUUUAGAGGAAUCCCUACAUCUAACCUUUCUAUGCUGUAAAUUUUACAGCUUUUCCUGUUGAUAUCUUUCAGGUAACCCAUCAAAGGGGUACUCUGCCCCUAGGCAUGUUAUCCCCUGUCCAAAGCAUAAGGGAUGAGAUGUCUGAUUGUGGGGGGUCCGGCCACUGGGACCCCAAGAUCUCCAACCCUUUGAAUAAGGGAUAAGAUGUCAAGAGGCGGAGUAAGGGUAAAUGCACACUAAAUAAAUUACAUUUACACCGACAUCUGCAUUACUUCAUUUAGGUUUUACUGUCAGAUUUUUCUGCAGAUCUGCUGCAGGAAAUGUCCACAGCAAAUCUGUUGAUUUCUCAUUUACCCCAAGGCCUCGUUCACAUGGUGGAAUUUCCGAGUGGAAUCCAGUGGAAGCAACUACCACAGGAAUCCCAAUUCCAGACCUCCGCAGAAAGAAUUGGCAUGUUAUAUCUUUCAGUAGAAUCCUCUUGGAACUACAUUGCUGCCUGUGGAAACAGCACAUUUUCGAGCAGUCCUAGCGCCAACUGAUGAGUUGGCAAUUGCCACAGACGGAAAGUCCAGGCGUAAUUUUCUGACCGGACAUUCUGCUAAAUUUAUGCUUUAUGACAUAGCCGAACAAGGCUCCAAGGAGCCCCAUUGUUUUAUGUAACCCUGGUUGAGAAAUACUGGGCUAUUUGCCUGGUGCAUGUACGAAGCAAUUUUUCAGGUAUGUGUUAGUUGUUAAUUUGAUAGGACACAUUUAGAGGAUGGAGUCAAUGAACUGACUGCCUGUGUAAAUGCUGGAUAUAUUAAUACAUGAUUUUUUUUAAAUUAAUAUUUUGAUUGCAGAUUUUGUUUCAGGUUGAGAAAUUUGCACUUUCUUUUCUAUCAUAAAGCAAUGUUGUCCUCUGCAAUUGAUCCCUUAUGGGCCACAGAGUGUUAUAUAUUUACAGUCAAAAAUAUUUAGAAAUUGUAUUGUUAGCCAGUGCUGGAUUUGUAAUCAUAUAAAGCAUUUAAUAAAUGCAGAUGCAGAGACUGUUGGGACAAACAUUAUCUACCCAAAUCAUAUUCAUAAUAUGGAGAGGAGAUUGCCCCUUUAGAACCAUCAUCAAGUAGCCAAAGCAACAAUCCAAGACCGUCUUCCUGCAUGGACUCAGCAUUAUGUUUAUAUUUUAGAAAGGCAGCCCAUUGACUUUAGUGGUUUUU